CCCUGGUUGACACUUGGCAGAUAGAUAGAAAGAGGAAAGUACCCAUCUACUCAAAUCGAUCCAAGUUGAAAGUAGAAAUUAACGACGAAAUUGAAGUAUAAUCUUGCAAAAGUAACUUGAUCGCAAAAUGGACUCUGCUUAAGUUGGGUGCUGCUGGAAAUUUGAGGUUGUAACGGAGACUCGCAUCUCCCUAUAUAUUUUAUUUCAUUAGGGUGCUCAAACCACAUACAUUCUAUCUCAACAAAUCAACAUGUCGAUGGCAUCUUCUUCAUCUUCUCCUUCCGAUGUGACCUUUUCUUCUGAGGUGUGGAAGUACCAUGUUUUUCUUAGUUUUAGAGGAGAAGAUACUCGUAAGACGUUUGUGGAUCAUCUCUACACAGCUCUUGAACAACAAGGGAUCUUUACUUACAAAGACGAUGAAACACUUCCCUGGGGCGAAUCAAUUGGUCCAUCUCUUGUGACGGCUAUCGAAGAAUCACAGAUAGCCAUCAUCAUAUUUUCUAAAAACUACGCAGAUUCUUCAUGGUGCUUAGAUGAACUUGUACAUAUCAUUAAAUGCAAGGAUACACGAGGACAAAUCGUGAUGCCCAUAUUUUAUGACGUUGAUCCUUCCGAAGUUCGAAAACAAAAACACAAAUAUGGGGAAGCAUUUGUGAAACAUGAGUUGAAGAACAAGACCAAGGUUGAAUCAUGGAGAAAAGCACUUGUGGAUGCAAGUAACAUUUCUGGAUGGGAAACCGAGUAUGUUGCCAACGGGCAUGAGUCUAAGUGCAUUAAAGAAAUUGUUGACACAAUUUCACAAAGGUUGCAGCCAAUAACUUCAAGCGGGGAUGACAAUCUGGUUGGAGUAGAGGCUCGGAUGGAACAUUUUAUGCCAAAAUUACAAAUUGAGUUUGGUGGUAAGAGGAUGAUUGGAAUAUGGGGGGUUGGGGGUGGUGGUAAGACAACUCUUGCCUCUUCUGUUUAUGAUGAAAUCUCCAGCAAGUUUGAUGGUUGCUGCUUUCUAAAAAAUAUUCGGGAAGAAUCAAGUAAUCAAAACGGUUUGGAAAGAUUGCAAGAACAAAUUCUUUGUACUGUUUUGAAACAGAAGCAACUGAAUGUAGGGAGAGUUGAAGAAGGAAGGCACAUGAUAAAGGAUAGGUUACACCAUCGAAAGGUGUUGAUUGUUCUUGAUGAUGUCGACAACCUUGAGCACCUAGAACAGUUAGAUGGAUCACGUGAUUGGUUUGGUGAAGGAAGCCGAAUACUAAUCACAACUAGAGAUGAGCAUGUAUUAACUGGACACAAAGUAGAUGUGAUACACAAUAUUAGCUUGUUAAACAAUGAUGAGGCUAUGAAGCUCUUUUGCAAGCAUGCACCUUGUGGUCACAAACCUAUAGAAGAUUACAAGCUUCUUUCAAAAGACGUGGUUGCUUAUGCUGGUGGGCUCCCAUUAGCCCUUAGAAUUCUCAAUGCUAAUAUCUUGGAAAAGCUAAAAAUCAGCUUUGAUGGACUCAAGACUGUGGAGAAACAGUUGUUCCUUGAUAUUGCAUGUUUCUUCAGAGGGCAUGAUUAUAAAGAUGAAAAGAUUAUGAUGAUACUUGAUGCUUGUGGUUAUCAUCCUGUUAUAGGCAUAAAGGUGUUGGUGCAAAACACUCUCAUAACUAUUACAGAAAAUGGAAGGUUUGAUAUGCAUGAUAUGGUACAAGAAAUGGCACACUACAUUGUUACAGGUGAACACCCCAAGAAUCCUGAAAAGCAUAGCAGAGUUUGGAAGGAGGAUGUUCUACAAAUAUGUGCUAUGGAUGCAACGAUGAAUCUUGACAAGAUUGAAGCUAUAUAUGUUGAGUCUCCUAUGGCUGAUGAACCACAACGAGUACUUCAGGUCGUUGCAAACAUGAAGAAACUUCGGUGGAUUGAUUUGAGAUUUCAUCUGGCAGAAGCUGAAUUGGUUAUAUUGCCAGAAAAUUUUCCACCAAGGGAGCUUUGUUGUCUAACAUUGAGGUUUCUCAAUGCAAAACAACUUUGGGAGGGUUACAAGACACCAGAUUUUUACGGGAUUCCGAACCUUGAAAGAUUCAUAGUUGUUGGAUCUCGGUUGUUGGAAGAGAUACAUCCAACAUUUGGACUUUUGGAAAAGCUUGUUUGUGUAGAGAUACGAAAUUGUGACAAUCUUCAGAUUUUUCCAUCCAUUAUCCGGUCGAAGAAACUCAAGACUCUUGUAUUCUCAAACUGCGGUUCAUUUUAUAAUUUUCUACCUAACACCGUGAAGCACACAGAAGGAUGGUUUUUGAGUGGAUGCUUAAGAAAGCUGAAUCUCAGCUUUUGUGAAUUAGCAGAUGGAGACAUCAGAUCUGCUGCUGGUUGGGAGUUACCCAACUUGAAAGAACUCAAUCUAGCAACAAAUAAAUUUGUACAAUUGAAUUUUAGUCUCUUGCGACUUCGUCGGCUCAAAUGGCUCAAUGUGUCACACUGCAUACUCCUUGUACAAUUGUUGGAGCUACCAUCAAGUAUAGCUGUUGUUAUAGCGGAUGAGUGUUGGUCACUUGAAAGCUUUGGAGAUAUUUCAAACUGUAGAUGGUUGUGGAAACUCUCACUUCUUGGGAAGAACAAACUUGGUCCACUUGGUGGUGACAUUUUACUAAACUGCAUGCUCCAGGGAAACGCCAAAGCUUACUUUAUCAGUUUCGUGUUAAGAUUUAUGGAGUCUUGAACAAAUUGACAAGUUCCUAAAAGUUCAAGGGCCAUAAAUGAAACUUGGAAAUAUUAAACAAUUGAAUAUGAAAUGGACGAUGCAAUUAUGGAGCACACCUUUUGAAUUCAUUUGUUGGACUGUCAAAGUUUUGGACGGCAAAUAAUUGGACGGUGGAAAAAAUUGUCAAACACAUGCAUGAGAAUUAUUUUUUCAAACUAUGCG